AAUAAUCGGAGAGGGCCAUUCGUUUGUCCACUCCCCCACUCUCCCCCCUUUCUCUCUUACAAAACUUGUGGUUAUCGACUUCGCUCCCUUCAUUGAGUGCUAAUUUGACAACAAAAAAAAAAAAAAAAAAAAUCCAUACCCUUUUCCACCCUCUUCUUCAUUGGCUACCAUGUGCUGUUCUUCACAUUUAUUAUUGUUUUUGUUAACCCAAUUGUCUUCUCGAAUCUCCUUUUACCCUCUCAGGUCCCGCUAAUCCAACCCCAUUUCUUAAUUUUCUCUGUUUCUUAUUUUAUAUUUCUUUCAAUUCCAUUCUCUCUCUUACCCAUCAUCGUUUUCGUUGUCAAACGUCAAAACCCAUCUCUAAUGGAGCUUUAAAUUGGUCUAGGAAACCUUAGGAACUUGUCGUUGUUUUCGUCGAGGGGGGUUUGGUUUAUUAUUUGGGGCAAAUUCUUUUUUGGGUUUUGUUGUUGUUGAUGAUGAUGAUGAUGAUUUUGUGCGGUUGAUUUUGUUUGGGGGGAGGAAAUGAGAGUGGGGAGCUUCAAUUAUGAGAACACUUUGUGACGCUUGUGAAAAGGCUGCUGCUAUUGUCUUUUGUGCUGCUGAUGAAGCCGCCCUUUGCCGCUCUUGUGACGAGAAGGUUCAUAUGUGCAAUAAACUCGCAAGUCGACAUGUAAGAGUUGGCCUUGCAAAUCCCAGUGAUGUUCCCCGUUGUGAUAUAUGUGAGAAUGCACCUGCUUUCUUUUACUGUGAGAUAGAUGGAAGUUCCCUUUGUUUGCAAUGUGACAUGAUCGUUCAUGUUGGAGGGAAAAGGACACAUAAGAGAUACCUUUUGCUACGGCAGAGGGUUGAGUUUCCAGGAGACAAACCUAUAAAUCUUGAUGAUCCAUCUCCACAUUCCAAGGUUCCUAAUGAGAUUGGUAAAGUACAUAACCAGCCACCUCCGCAUAAAGUGACAGUAGAAGACAACCAGCAAAAUCAUCACCGACUAUCACCUGUUCGAGAGGCCAACGAUGAUGGUCAUGCUGAGACUGAUACGAAAAUGAUCGAUUUGAAUAUGAAGCCUCAUAGGGUCCAUGGCCAGGCUGCUAAUAAUCAGGAUCUAUGAUCAUGAACAAACAAAGCAUGGAUUUCGAUCACACAUCGACACCAUUGCAUUCAUCAAUCUUCCCCUUGCUUCUGAUUCAAAGCAGAAGUUGUUAAGGUUGGUCGUAGUGGAAACCUACAUUGUAUGUUUCGGUGGGGGGCGGGGGGGCGGUGUCGAGCUUGUUUAGUAAUCUGUAGAGAAGUGGUUGGAUAGAUUUGAAAGCAAAGAAGAUAAGAUAAAAGCAGUGCUUUUUUAGUGAAAUUGCAGGUGCUGUAAUAUUACAAAGUUUAGAGACACAGACCCAGCCAGCAGUUGUUGGGAGGGCAAGUUGGUGUAGGAUACCCCUUCUUUUGUAUUUGGUUGGAACAAAAACAAAAACGAAAAAACGAAAAAAAAGAAGAACAAAAAAACAAAAAAGCGGCUGCUUUCAUUUUACUUCGUUAGUUCUGUUGAGAGCUUUAAUGGAUAGAGGAAGCUUCCCAUUAUUUGUU